AUGCCGAAGUCGUGCGCGGCCCGGCAGUGCUGCAACCGCUACAGCAGCCGCAGGAAGCAGCUCACCUUCCACCGGUUCCCGUUCAGCCGGCCGGAGCUGCUGAAGGAAUGGGUGCUCAACAUCGGGCGGGGCAACUUCCAGCCCAAGCAGCACACGGUCAUCUGCUCGGAGCACUUCCGCCCCGAGUGCUUCAGCGCCUUUGGGAACCGCAAGAACCUCAAGCACAACGCCGUGCCCACCGAGUUCGCCUUCCGCGACGCCAGGCCGGUCCUCCCCGAAGCGCAGGCCAGGGAGCAUGGGCCGCAGAGGAAGGCGGAUCCUGCCCUCGAAGGGCCACAGCCGCCACCCGGCGCCGGAGACCCUGCAGGGCAGGUCCUGCCAUGCACCCCAGGCGCAGCCGAGGCCCCUGCCCAGCCGGCCGGCCCCCCGCAGCCCUCUGACCACAGCUACGCGCUGCUGGACGUGGGCGCCCUGAAGCAGCAGCUGUUUGCGACCCUGAAGGAGAACGAAAAGCUCCGCAAGCGCCUGAAGGCCCAGCGGCUGGUGAUGUGGAGGCUGUGCCGCCGCCUGCGGGCCCCCGGGGCGGGGCGGCCAGGCCCCCGGCCGACCCCCGGCCGGAGCAGCGGAGCCGAGCCCGGCUCUCCCCGAGCCUGGCCGUGA